GCAUGGCCCGCGUGCGCCUCGCGGCCCGCCCGAGCGGCGCGGCCGGAAGGCACGUCGCCCUCACGCUGGACGACGCCGUCGGGGAGGACCCGGCGGGCGUGGCGGAGCUGCUGCAAGUGCUGCGUGAGCUGGACGUCCAGGCAACGUUCUUCGCCAUCAUGGACAAUGGCACUCUCGAGCACGGCGGCGUCUUGAGGGAAGCCGCGGCCGCAGGCCACGAGAUCGGCAACCACGGCACCGCGCCGACGGCGAUGCUGGGCAUGACCGGCGCCGAGGUGCGAGCCGCCAUGGAGGCGUGGGAACGGGGAUCCGUUCGAUCCUGCCGCGUUGGCCCGCUUCGGACGGCGACCUCAAGCUGUUCCGGCCCCCCAAAACCCUGCAGGGGUCCGCGAUGGCCGAGGUGCUGGAGGACAUGGGC